AUGGCGAUUGUAUCGGACAACGAGAUUCUAUCUGAGAGCGAGGUUUAUACGUCUGAUACUACGAGCACUGAUGAGGAUGACUUCCAGCCAUUUGCCCUUCCGGACGAUGCGCCUUUAGCUGAUGGUCCUUUCGACGGGGAUCUACCUCUCGUUCCAAUCCCUGCUCCUAUCCCCCUCGCUGCGUUUACCUUAGAGGAUUUACCUCUCGAUGCAUUAUCAGAUGACGAUAUCGACCUUUUCAUAGAGGGUCCCCCGGAGGGUGACCAGGAUGGUGGGGCCCCUAUGGAGGACGAUGUUCCGGUUGACGACCCUGUAGCUCCUAUUGCUGAGGCUCCUGUGGAGGAGGCUCCUUCUGAUCCGUCUGCUCCAGACUCGUUUGAGUCUGUGGCAUCCGCUUUUUUUCAUGACCGGGGCGUGCAUCACUACUCUCCCGAUGCAGACUCAGACAUGGCGAUGUCUGCUGCACCUGUUGUCCCCCAGGACUUUGGCCCGGAGCCUGAGGUCGAGUUUGUACCAGCUGAGCCUGCUCCAGUUGGUCCAAAGCCUGUCAUUGGUCACGACCCUAUUGAUGUUCCAGUCUUUGCUCUUUUGCCUGAUCCUCUACCAGAGUCUGACUACGUUGUUCCACCAGUCAUGGCACCACACGUCGUGAUGCACCAGUCAUCGUAUGCUGACACCCUUAAUGGGUGGAUUGAUGAUGAUGAUAACUAUCAUCUGUUUGUUCUCCCAGUCACUCCACCCGCUGCACCUGCUUUUGCACCGCUUGAUAUUCCCCAGUUCCACCCUCACACAUUUGAUGUCCACCGCACAGACCUACCCGUCACCUUUCUAUAG